UUUAACUUUUCACCGCCUCUCAUUAAAAUAUAUAUAUAUAUAUUAGUAUUAUAUUCCACUCAAAAGCAAGUACUUAUAAUUAAAUCAGUACUGUGUAUCUGAGGGAGAGAGAAGAGAGAUCCAUUCCUUUGCAUAUAUCAGCUUAUACUAUUAGGGUUGAGAAAACCAAUAGAAGAGCUCUUAGUUUUUCUGGAUUUUUUUUUUUGGUUUCGUAUUAAGCUUUAACAACAAAGAUGUUAGAAACUAUGGCAGAAGAAUCGAUCUCGAAUGGUUUUAUGAUGAAUCCUGUAUCUGGAUCCAAUCCUCCAGCUGUUCCGAAGAAGAAAAGAAACCUUCCAGGAACACCAGGCAAGUACUCUUCUAUAAGACUUUAUCUGAUAGUUUUUUUUCCCUUUUGAGGAUCAUCUUCAUGGUCAAUUUAUGUUAUGCUUAAUACCAGAUCCUGAAGCUGAAGUGAUAGCUUUGUCCCCAAAGACUCUGAUGGCAACCAACAGAUUCCUGUGCGAAGUAUGCGGCAAGGGUUUCCAAAGAGACCAAAAUCUUCAACUCCAUCGGCGAGGCCAUAACCUUCCAUGGAAGCUGAAGCAAAGAAGUACGAAGGAGGUGAGGAAGCGCGUGUAUGUGUGCCCCGAAAAGACCUGCGUCCAUCACCAUCCUUUGAGGGCUCUCGGUGAUUUAACAGGAAUAAAGAAACACUUUUAUCGGAAGCAUGGGGAGAAGAAGUGGAAGUGCGAGAAGUGCUCGAAGCGAUACGCUGUGCAGUCUGAUUGGAAAGCACACUCGAAAACCUGCGGCACCAGGGAGUACAAAUGCGACUGUGGUACUCUAUUCUCAAGAAGAGAUAGUUUCAUCACGCAUAGGGCUUUCUGUGAUGCUUUGGCCGAGGAAACAGCUAGAGUUAAUGCAGCUUCCGGCAUGCACAGCUUGGCUGCCGCCGGCAAUUUCAAUUACCAACUUAUGGAGAAUCCAUUAGAUUUCUCCACUGUUUUCGGACCAAUUUCUUCAAGCAAUGAUGAUGCAAUAGACCAAACUAGACAUGGAUUUUCCUUGCGGACGGGACAAGCAUCUCAGGGCCAAGAGAUUCAGCAAUUCGGUUCUUUGAAUCCGGGAUCGAUAUACGUUGAGCCUCUGGUUUCGACAUCGAACACUCCUGCAUUGGAUUAUCAGAUAAACCGGGUCUUUGGGAAUAAGGUCUCUUCAGGUAAUGCUGCUGCUGAUGACCACCAGGUGACAACAAGCGUUUCACUUUCUUUGAGUAAUGUGAAGGAAAAUGGACCUCAACUUGUGAGUGUCCCUUCAUUGUUUAGCACACAACACCAGUCUCAUCAGACACCAUCCUUCAGCAUGUCUGCCACAGCUUUGUUGCAGAAAGCUGCCCAAAUCGGCGCAACAUCGACCGACACAUCGUUCCUAGGAAGCUUCCGGACCAAGUGUAGCAACAGUCAAGAUGGGAACAAGUACAGUGAUCUUUAUGUUUCAAACACACCAACAGCGACAACAGCAAAUGAUAUUUCCACUUUGAAUCAACUGCAAAUGUACCCCGCGAAACGCCGACGUUUACAGAACGAAGAGGGCGGCGGCGGGGGAGAAACAAGAGAUUUUUUGGGUGUCGGAGUUCAGGCCAUUUGUCAUCCAUUUUCAAUCAAUGGAUGGUUAUGAUAUUGAAUGACUUUGCAGGGAAGAAAAGUCUUAAUCCUAGAGCAACUAUUGAAGAGAAUCAUGAAGGAUGAGAUCCAUGCAUAUUCUCUUCAACCUUUGAAAGCCAAAUUCAUCCCUUUUAAAAAUUAUGGCUUUUCUAAACUUUGAUAAAAAGAGGAUAUGAUAUGAAGUUGUGGGAGCAAAGCAAAAAAAAAAAAAAAACUUUGGAAGCUCCAUUAUUGCAUUAAUUGUUUCAUCUCCAUUGUGGUUGCUGUUCUGUCAUACUAGAUUUUAAAGAAAAAGUAUUUACAUAUCCAUAAAAUAA